AUGGCGUUGUACUCCAAGAACAACCGCUUGAUCGAGUUCGGGGUCGGCGGCAGCGCGGCGAGCAAGGGCGGGGACGACAAUGAGGGCGAGAUCGGGAUCGGGGGGGUCGAACAGGGUCAUGGAGAUAAUGGAGAAGCGCAUGUCACAGAUGGAGCUCGAGAUCGAGCGCUUGAAAGCCGACGGGCCCACGGAGAGAGGCACAGGAACACCGCGAGGCUGCCGGACCCGGACGCGUUGAGGCACACCAAGUCGCUGGCGUUCAGCAUGCGGAGGAUGAAGACGGACACGGUCAGAGACGAGGAAACUGAGUCGUUCAGCACCGUGAACAGGACCAAGAGUGAGUCGUCCAGUAACGGCACCCUCAUGGAGAACACGCCCUUCUCCACGCACCUGACCUUCAUGGGCAACCGCACUGUCCUUCCCCUGCGACGGGGUCGUGUUGGUGAGCAGCCACAGAACCCUGAGGUUGAAGGAGCCCACGGUCGACCUGCUCUGUAUGGACGACAAGAUGUGUGCGUCCGACAACGGGGUAAUGGUGCCAGUUGCGAACGGGAGCAUGAACAUGGAGCAGGGCACGGUGUACGAGAUGGAUGUCGUCAAGAGGAUGGACGCGUCAAAUGUCGUGCUGGUGCACCCCAGGCAGCGCGUGGCGAAGAAGAUGCCCGACCCCGCGCACGUGUCGGUGUUGCCGCGGAGGAUGGUUUGCUUCGACUCGAGGAGAGGAGAGGAGAGGUUGCUGCGAUGGUGAGGCCCUCAAUGAUGGACGCAGUCCUGCUGGACAUCACGGCCAUGUCGUUCGCCAUGUGCGACCGCGUGUACACCAUAGCGCAGUCGCGGGUCCAGGAGAAUAGGAAGGUGAUGGUCAUCUUCGGCGCGGGGAGGUUCCAGGAGUGGAGGCAGAUUAUGGUCAGCGGGUUCUCCUACAUCGCGGUCGAGCCCGAGAUCAGCGUCGAGGACUUGUCCAGGCGUAUGAAGAGGGCCACAAUUAUGCCCUGCGACUUCAAGAGGAAGUUCGACGACCAGGUGAUUUCACUUUCGAAGAGGGCGACGACCGUGCUCUGGGCGAAGUGCAGGUCCAAGGUUUUCAUCGACCACACUAUACCCACGAGGACAAUGGCGAUGAUGAGCAUCCCGGCCGUGUUCUCGUUUAGUAUCUCGUGCCACAUCAAGGUUAUCAACAUGCUCAGGGCCGAGGGGGUGCCCCAUAUUCGGGUGUAG